AUGGCCAGAUCCAUCACCAAAAAGAACAAGUGCUCCAGAGGACAUCAAAGCCCAAUCUCCAAAAAGAAAUCACAUUCCAGCACUGAUUUUGGCCAUAGAAAUUAUUCACUCUACAUUAACAGGGUCCUAAAGGAAGUGGUUCCCCAGAGGGGCAUAUCAUCUCGCACCGUGGACAUCAUGAACACCCUGAUCGACGACAUCUUUGAGCGCAUUUCUAUGGAAGCCUGCAGCCUGAUGUGUUUCAGAAAUCGCUGUACCCUCACCCCUGAAGAUAUCCAGAAGGCAGUGUAUCUGCUGUUGCCUGGGAAACUAGCUAAGUAUGCAGUGGCUUUUGGAAGUGAAGCUGUCCAAAGAUAUGUCCACUCCUAA